UUGUAUCGAUCGUAUCAGUCUCGUCCAUUCACUCCUCACCCUUCUCGGCCUAGAAACUACAUCAGAGCCUGGUUUUGAUGAAUUAUGUAAGCGGUGGAAUUCGAUAAAACCUCCACUCCAAUGACCAAGCAGGUGAACUACAGCGACUUAAGUGAGCCGCCAGCCCACAAAUCUCGUCAUUGGUGUUGUACAAGCUCAUCGCGACGGACUAGUUACUUAAAGUACUGCAUCAUGAUUACUGGCAUCGCUACUCUCACCCUCUUAUCCGCCUCUUCAUUGUUCUCUUGGGCCGUCUCCUCCCCUCUCCACGCCUCCUGCGAGGUCAAAUGGAACUUGCAAGCGCCUUGUGCCGAGGUCCAAGAGAAAAUCUUGGCCAAGAUGGAGGAAUGGUCGCAUUCGGAUUGCCCUGGAACCUCUGAGACUUGUCCCUCGUUGCCCUGUGGACAACGUUGCAAAUAUUCGUUGGAAGAGAGCACUGCCAACAUGAUCAAGGGGGUCCAUCGUACACCGGCCAAGGAUUAUGAGGAUGAUUUCAAUUUCGAACUGACUGAGGGCCCCAAUGGAAGCUGCAAAGUGAAGGGAUUUUCCACUUCCCGCUUGUGGUACGCCAUCUUGGAUUUUGGCACCAAUUACUGCAACCUCUGGAAUUUGGUGGAUGGUGCUGGAUUCACUAAAUUAGAUGGAUUCAAAGAAGACACCAGUUCCAGGGUGUGCACUCAAUACGACUCGGCGGACUGCUCCCGUUAUUAAUGGCAACGCUAUCUUACAUCAAAUCCAGCUUUCACACUCUAAGAAAACAAGAACAAAAUAACCCUUCCUCAUUUCUGGACUGUAAAUAUGAGAUAUGUUUAUUUUUCCGUCACGAUAUAAUCAUCAAAAACCAACAGAAUCUUUUACAUAUAUAUAGAAUAAUAAAAUCUCUUCUAAUACAAA